AUGCCCAUCAUACCGCCGCCCACCCCCGCCCCAUCGCCACCCCCGCAACAAUCUUCAUUCCCGAGCCCGAGCCUCGCGACGUUUACACACAUCUCCGCCUUCGCCGGCCUAACCCCCGCCGCACGACGGCAGCACCUCUACGCCCUCAUCCAGGAAUGCACACCAUCAGAGCUCUUGUUUCUUUCUACGACCAUCGCGCCACUCCUCAAGCGCGACUUCCUCCGAGCUCUCCCGCCCGAGGUAUCCCUUCACAUUCUGAGCUUUAUCGAUGACCCCCGCACGCUUGCUCGUGCUGCACUUGUCAGCAGGUACUGGAAUGAGCUUUUGAAGGACGAAUUCCUGUGGAAGACGAUGGCAAUACGUCACGGUUUCUCGCGAGACGCAGAGGCGGUGGAAUCGUACCGCCGGGAGCAGUUGCUCGAUGGCGCUCCUCCAGUAGCAAGCGACCCCCUGCCGAGCGGCUCGGGAGCGGAGGCACGCAGGAGCCCGCUAUUCUCACCAAGGGGACUCCAGCCGCCCCGCCCACAGAGCGUCGACUUCCCAUACCGCAAGUUCUUCAUCCACGAAUAUAUCCGAACGUCGAACUGGCUCGGGAAGGGCAAGCUCCUGCGCAUACACCGCGCCCUGCUGCACCCGCCGCCCCCGGACCCCAACAUGCCCGGGCAACUCGCGCCCCCAGCGACGGCGCAGCAGCAAGGGCAGGACCAGGGCCCACUCGCGAAUCCCGCGAUCCCGACGUCGAUGGCGAUCGACGCGCAGUGGGUCGUCGUCGGGCUCGCGAACAGCCGUAUCCACAUCUUCAGUGCGCGCACGGGCGUGCUCAGCCGCACGCUCAUCGGGCACGACUCCGGCGUGUGGGCGGUCGCGCUCAUUUCGGAGGGUGGGCAGCCGGUGGGCCGCGAUCCGUGCAUGCAUCCGUGCGAGGGCGACCCGCUCGUGGCGAGCCACCCGCAGGACGAGGCGCUCCCGCUGGCGCUGCGCACGGCUGUUGGGCUGGACAAGUCCACUAAUAUUAGCAAGGUGCGCUUGCGGCCCAGGAGCGUCCCCGAUCCCUUCGCGGAGGGCGGCAAGGCGGAGCGUCCGCGCUUCGGAAAGCCGAGCUACCCCGGAGGUGCUUCGGAUGGCUGGGGUCAGCCCAGCGCGCUCGUAGUGAGCGGUGGAUGCGACAAGGAGCUCCGUGUUUGGGACGUGAAGACGGGGUACUGCAUCUACACCCUUCGCGGCCACACGUCUACGAUCCGCUGCCUGAAGGUGGUGCAUGGACGACCACUCGCCGUAUCAGGCUCGCGCGAUCGGACCGUACGCGUGUGGGACGUGCAGCGUGGGCGCCUUCUACGCGUGCUAGAGGGCCACACGCAGAGCGUGCGCUGUCUCGACGUGUGCGGCAACCGGAUCGUUAGCGGGAGUUAUGACUGCACCUGCCGCAUAUGGGACGUGGACACCGGCGCAUGUCUGCACGUCCUGCGCGGGCACUUUCACCAGAUCUACACGGUCGCGUUCGACGGCGAGCGCAUCGCGAGCGGGGGACUGGACACCACCGUCCGGGUGUGGGACGCUUCGAACGGCGCGUGUCUCGCGCUACUCCAAGGGCACACCGCACUCGUCUGCCAGCUCCAGCUCACGCCGACGAUGCUCGCGACGGGCGGCUCGGACGGGCGCGUGAUCACGUUCUCGCUCACGGGGAGCGCGUUCCUCGCCGUGCAGCGGCUCGCGGCGCACGACAGCUCCGUGUCGGGCCUGCAGCUCGACGAGCGCUUCCUUGUCACGAGCGGGAACGACGGGCGCGUGCGGCUGUACGAGUUCGAGCGCGGCGCGCAGGGCGACGCGCAGUGCCGCUUCGUGCGCGACAUGUGCGAGCCGAGCGAGAGCGUGUGGAAGGUCGCGUACACGCGCGAGACGUGCGCGGUGCUCAGCAAGAAGGCGGGCAAGAUGGUCGUCGAGAUCUGGAGCUUCAAGCCCUGAGAGGGUUGGGCGCGGUGCAGGUCAAGUUUGUUCGUUUGCACAUUCAUUCGCAUUGUCGGACAUUAUUCAAGUUGGAGAUGCUAUCUGGAUUCUCGCUGUUCUCGCUAUUGCUGGUUAUGUUUUCGUGGAUGUAUACCACCUGUUCAAGUAAUAUUGUGUAUGUGAUGGUACUACAUGCUCAUUCCCUCUGGAUGACACUCUGAGGCACAACCUGUUCUCGG